AUGGCAACAGAGAAGCAAGAAGUAGAGCAGAAGACGACAGACAAGUCGUCAGCAAGAGCAUGGGAAGGACUCAAACCCGCACUAUCGGCGUGGAUGCUGGACGCCAUUUCCAGCAUGGGCUUCCAGCGCAUGACACCUGUGCAAGCCAGUACCAUUCCCCUGUUCAUGGGACACAAGGAUGUCGUAGUUGAGGCUGUUACUGGUAGUGGCAAGACUCUGUCGUUCUUGAUCCCUGCUGUUGAGCGUCUGUUACGAGUCGACGAACCGAUCAAGAAGCACCACGUCGGCGCCAUCAUCAUCUCUCCGACAAGAGAACUCGCUACACAGAUCCACUCGGUCCUCAUGUCGCUACUGCAAUUCCACCCUCCCUCGGCCGCUGCUAUCCGACCGAAAGACGACGAAGACGAAGAAAUGACGGAUGAGAACGCUCCUCCUCGACCCACCUUUCCCGCAUCCACACCCAAGGUCGUACCGCAACUACUCCUUGGAGGUACAACCACUCCCGCCCAAGACCUGUCUGCCUUCAUCCGUACCUCGCCGAAUCUUCUCAUCGCUACCCCCGGUCGUCUUCUAGAACUGCUUUCCUCACCACACGUACACUGCCCUCAGUCCUCGUUCGAACUCUUGAUCAUGGACGAGGCCGACAGACUGCUCGAUUUAGGCUUCAGCGACACUUUGCAAAAGAUUCUCGGAAGGUUGCCCAAACAACGUAGAACAGGUCUUUUCAGUGCCAGUGUGUCGGAAGCCUUGGAUCAGCUCGUCCGAGUCGGCCUGAGGAAUCCUGUCAGAAUUGCCGUCAAGGUCAAGAGUGCCUCUGGUGCUCACGACAAGCGCACACCAGCCAGUCUGCAAAUGGCCUAUCUUGCAACUACACCGCGCAUGAAGCUCCCUGCCCUCAGUCGCCUGCUCACACAACUCCCUUCAAUGCCUCAGAAGACCGUCUUGUAUGUCUCAACAUGCGCAACCGUCGACCACUACCAACACAUCUUAUCCGAGGUGCUCCCAAAGGAUUUCAAGAUCGUGCCACUCCACGGCAAGCAUCCUCCGAACGUAAGAACGAAGAACUUUGGCAGAUUCGUAAACUCAGUCGAGCCAUCCAUUCUCCUCACCACCGACGUCGCAGCCCGAGGACUGGAUAUCCCGGCAGUCGAUCUCGUAGUACAAUUAGACCCUCCCAGCGACCCGAAAACAUUCCUCCAUCGAUGUGGACGUGCCGGAAGAGCAGGAAGAAGAGGUCUGGCAGUGACCUUCUUGAGCAAAGGCAAAGAGGAGGAUUAUGUCGAAUUCUUACGCAUCCGAAAGACGCCGAUCGCACCACUUACAACACCGGCCAUCGAGCCGACAGAAGAGGAGGCCAAUGAGGCAACACAAAAGAUCCGACAAGUGCUGCUCGCCGACCGAUCAUUGCAUGACAAGGCACAAAGAGCAUUUGUGAGUUGGGUACAAGCAUAUAGCAAGCACUCGGCGAGCAGUAUUUUCCGGAUACAAGAUUUGGACUGGGAAGAGCUGGGCUACAGUUGGGGCCUUCUCCGACUGCCUAGGAUGCCCGAACUGAAGAAGUUCCAAGGAGACAAGCUGCUCGGACAACAAAUAGAUUGGGACACAUUCGCAUACAACGACAAGAAGCGGGAAGAGCACAGAUUGGAAGAGCUGGAGAAAUUAAAGGCCAACGGAGGUGACGGCAAGACGAACGAAGAGAGGAGGAAGGACAGGGCAUGGACGGUGCAGAAGGACGCGAAAGCCACAAAGGAUACACGUCGCGAGAUCAAAUUGGCACGUCGUGAACACGAGAGGCAGAAGACGCUCACAGCAGAAGAAAAGAAGAAGGAAGCGGAACUGCAAGCCAUGAUUGAGGCAGUCCGAGAAAAGGGAGAGCCAGAGAGCGAGUUUGAAGGAUUCGAUUAG